UUUGCUUGGAAAUUUGCUUGCUUUGGCUUCAAUGAUUCAAACAAUUCUGAGUGUCGCUGCCAUCAUUGCGACCGUCGCCGUGUUUGCAUCCAGCAUACCAGCCGUUCGUGAAAUCGAGCGCAGUAGAACCACUGGCGCGACUUCCAUCGUGCCCUACGUCGCAGGCAUUGUCAACUGCGUACUAUGGACAAGCUAUGGCUUGCUCAUCAGUGAUCCAACGCAAAUCAUUGUGAAUGGCAUCGGCUCCGGCUUGUACAUUUACUACCUGACAAUUUACUUUUCCUACACCAACGACGCGGUCACCGCGCGACGAACGACGUUGCUUGGGUUUUGCUACAUUGCAGCUGCCUUUACGUGGGUCGGAGGCAUGUCCACCACCCGUGCCGAAGUUACCUGGAACCUUGGCAUUGUUGGAGCGCUGACCACGAUUCUGUUCUUUGCAGCACCUCUCUCGCUGUUGGUGCGAAUCGUCAAAACCAAGUCCACAGACGGCUUGUCGCGGCCACUGGCAUGGCUCGGUUGCCUCGUGUGUAUGUUGUGGGUUGCGUACGGACGGAACGAUCCGUUUGUUUGGCAGCCAAACGCCCUCGGACUGCUCCUCUCGCUUUGUCAAGUCGCGCUCCUCUUUCUCUAUCCGAGCACAUCCCCAAGUAACGAUUCGAGCAAUGGCCAGGGUCCAAUGGGUAGCUCUGGCCUCCACAUUAGUUUAGGGAAAUAAUGUCUCGAAUCAACGAGGCGAUUGUUGUUUUUAUGGAGAUUUUUGUGGUGUUGUUGCGGGUUUUAUUUGAAUUGUAUUGGUGUUGAGCUUAAGGAAGCUGCGUCAAGUUUUACAAAUACAAGCUGGC